UUAAAAAAGAACAGAGAAAUAAUCAAUAACUCGAUCGAAAGUUACCACACGGCAGGCAGCGCCUGAAUUAAUGCGUCACCGACAAGAAGAGACCCAAUCAAUUAACAUUCCCUACAAGCUAUAAAAGUAGUACUAGUACUACCCAAGAUACAGUACAGAUUGCACGUUGCUCCAGUAAGUGCCGCCGCGAUAAAGCCGAUCGGACACCUGACUAAAGUAAAUUUGCAACUUUCCCACCGAUGGCUCCCCUACAAGUACAACCACAUGCACGGCAGCUACGUACUCGUUCUCUCGUCGAUCUCUCCAAACUUUGUCAUAUACUCAUAUACACCACUUCGUACUAGGCCAUGACGGCGACGGGCAAGACCAGCAGCACGGUGGUUGCACUGUCCACCCUGGUUCUAGCGGCGAGCCUCCUCCUCCUCGCCGUCUCGUCGGAGGCGGCCUGCCCCAGCAAGAGCAAGCCAACUCCGAGCGCACCGACGGCGACGGGCGGAGGUAAGUGCCCGGUGGACGCGCUGAAGCUGGGUGUGUGCGCGGACGUGCUGGGCCUAGGCGACGGCCUGACGAACCUGAUGUCCGGCUCGUGGUCGACGACGUCGUCGGGGAAGAAGCCGUGCUGCGAGCUCGUCGGCGGCCUGGCCGACCUGGACGCCGCCGUCUGCCUCUGCACCGCCAUCAAGGCCAACGUGCUGGGCGUCGUCGACGUCGGCCUGCCCCUCCAGCUCGGCCUCCUCGUCAACCACUGCGACAGGAAGCUCCCGGAUGGCUUCCAGUGCCCUAGCUGAUCAACCAGCCAAGUCCGUGCGUACGCACGCACGAAUGGAACGUCGAUAAUUUGCUUGUUCUAGCAGUGGUAGUAGCUGAGUGCGAAUUUUAAUUAAGUUUCUUUGCUUUAUAGGAGUACAAUAAUGUAUGGCCCGUUAAUGUUGUUACAAGUCUAGCUGUUGGUGUCAUGUGCUACGCUAUGUAUGUGGACGACGUCCAGUUCCUACUGGCUGUACACUUCCGGUGAUAUUUCAAUGUUUGAUCGGUCUCUGCUAAA